GUUACAGGUACAUGUGACAGCGCUGCAGCUAUGAGUGGAAUUUUAAAGAGGAAGUUUGAAGAAGUUGACGGCUCUUCACCCUGCUCCUCUGUGCGGGAAUCAGAUGAUGAAGUUUCCAGCAGCGAGAGUGCUGACAGUGGGGACAGUGUCAAUCCAUCCACUUCUAAUCAUUUUCCCCCUUCCUCCAUCCUCAAAAGGGAGAAGCGGCUAAGGACAAAGAAUGUGCAUUUUAGCUGUGUCACCGUGUACUACUUCACCAGGAGGCAAGGCUUCACGAGCGUGCCCAGUCAAGGGGGUAGCACCCUGGGCAUGUCCAGCCGCCAUAACAGUGUGCGCCAGUACACUCUUGGUGAAUUUGCAAGAGAACAGGAGAGGCUCCACCGGGAGAUGUUGAGAGAACACCUCAGGGAGGAAAAACUGAACUCUUUGAAACUAAAGAUGACCAAGAAUGGCACAGUGGAAUCUGAAGAAGCUAGCACUCUUACAGUGGAUGACAUUUCUGAUGAUGAUAUUGAUUUAGACAACACGGAGGUAGAUGAGUACUUCUUUCUACAACCCCUGCCAACAAAAAAACGGAGAGCACUGCUGCGGGCCUCUGGGGUGAAAAAGAUUGAUGUGGAAGAAAAGCAUGAGCUGCGCGCCAUCCGUCUAUCGAGGGAGGACUGUGGCUGUGACUGCCGAGUGUUCUGUGAUCCAGAAACGUGUACCUGCAGCCUGGCAGGCAUUAAGUGCCAGGUGGAUCGAAUGUCUUUCCCAUGUGGCUGCACUAAAGAAGGAUGUAGUAACACAGCAGGUAGAAUUGAAUUUAAUCCUAUCCGUGUCCGGACUCACUUUUUGCACACAAUAAUGAAACUUGAACUGGAGAAAAACCGAGAGCAGCAAAUCCCCGCGCUGAACGGCUGCCACAGUGAGAUAAGCGCUCCCAGUAGCUCCAUGGGCCCCGUCGCGCACUCCGUAGAGUAUUCCAUCGCGGACAACUUUGAGAUUGAAACCGAGCCCCAGGCCGCAGUGCUGCACCUGCAGUCGGCCGAGGAGCUAGACUGCCAGGGAGAGGAGGAGGAGGAGGAGGAGGACGGCAGCAGCUUCUGCAGCGGCGUCACCGACUCCAGCACACAGAGCUUGGCCCCCAGCGAGUCAGACGAGGAGGAGGAGGAGGAGGAGGAGGAGGAAGAGGAGGAGGAGGACGACGACGACGACGAUGACGACGAGAAAGGGGACAGCUUCGUGGAAGGCUUGGGGACCCAUGCGGAAGUCGUGCCUCUUCCUUCCGUCCUCUGCUAUUCCGACGGCACGGCGGUUCACGAGAGCCACGCGAAAAACGCUUCUUUUUAUGCCAACUCGUCGACCCUGUAUUACCAAAUAGACAGCCACAUUCCAGGAACUCCUAACCAGAUCUCCGACAGCUAUGCCGAAAGAGAUCCUGUUAAGAACGGUACCCUGUCGCUGGUGCCUUACACCAUGACCCCGGAGCAAUUUGUGGACUAUGCCCGGCAAGCGGAAGAGGCCUACGGCCCCUCCCACUACCCCGCCACCAACCCCUCGGUCAUCGUGUGCUGCUCCUCUGCGGAGAGUGACGGCGGCGUGCCCUGCAGUAGCUUGUAUCCCGAGCACAGGUCCAGUCAUCCCCAGGUGGAAUUUCACUCGUACUUGAAAGGCCCCUCCCAGGAAGGGUUUGUCUCUACACUGAAUGGUGACAGUCACAUUGCCGAGCACCCCGCUGAAAGUUCUUUGAGCCUGGCGGAGAAAAGCAGAUUGCACGAAGAGUGCAUCAAAUCACCCGUGGUGGAGACCGUCCCUGUUUAG